AAUUUAUAAAAAUUUAUAAUACACUCAUUUUUUGACUUUCUACAUAUAUUAAGGCACAAAUUAUUCCCCUAUUGCCACAUCCAAACUUUCAGUUCAGCCACUCCCUUCUUCUUCUUCAAUGGCUGCUGCAAUUUCUUUAUCAUUUUCUUUAGACCCUCAAACUCAACACAAUUACCAUCAUCGUUUUCACCAUAAUACUAGCUUCAAUUCACAUAAAGCUUCAAUCUUUACCCCAAAAUAUACAUUCCCUUUUGUAAUCUCAUCAAAAUCACACACUUCAAAUCUGAUUAUCCCACUUUCAACAUCCCAAUCUUCUUCAUCUUCUUCCUCAACAUCUCCAUCAUCAGUCUUCCAAACCCCACUUCAAACAGGUAGAUUUCUCACAAAUCAAGAACUUGAAAAGCUUGAAUCUUUAGGGAAAUAUAGGUAUUUUCAAGAAUUGGAAUCUGGAUCAUUGUGGGUUCGUGUGAUGAGGGAAGAAGAAAUGGAUGUUACUGUUUGGUUGUUGGCUGAGUCUUUUUCUGAUUCUAUGUUGAUGCCUAAAGGGUAUGUGAAAUUCAUGGCAUAUUUAGUGAAGCAGUAUAUGAUUGAGAGAAGAGCACUAAUGCCUUAUACUGCUACACUUCUUGGAUUCUAUAGAGAAAAUGGAGAAGAUGCAGAUUUGCAAUUGGCUGGAACUGUGGAAGUGUGUUUUGACAAAAGGGGUGCUAAUGCUAAUUCUCCCACACCUACACCUCCCAAGAACUCUCCAUACAUUUGCAAUAUGACAGUAGAUAAGCUGCUUAGGAGAAGGGGCAUAGGUUGGCAUCUGUUGAAAGCAAGCGAGGAACUAAUUUCUCAAAUGAGUUCUUCUAGAGAGGUUUACUUGCACUGUCGAAUGAUUGAUACUGCUCCACUCAACAUGUAUAGAAAAGCUGGAUAUACCAUUGUUGAGACAGACAACAUUUUUAUCUUGUUGGCAUUGCAGCGACGGAAGCACUUGAUGUGGAAAGUCCUUCCAGAUUCAGAAAGCCUUUCUGAAGUUGAUGAAUGCACUUCUUCAGUAGACACGUGAACAUGUAAACAUAGACAAGUUUUGAGGUGGAUUCUGGUCUUCGAUUUGCCAAUAUUCUACAGGUUUAUAUAUCCCUGAAAACAAUCAUGUUGAACUUUAUAACAUGCAGAAGCUAUAUGCAACUCUGUGAAGUAAUAUGAUGCAGCACAGGCAAUCACAAUAGCGUGAUAAACAUUGCUGCUCUAUUAAGAAGAUGAAGGAUAAUGAAGAGGCUGGAAACAUACAAGGAUUUAGCAUAUCCUCAGACUUGCUUCUCCUACGUUUGUUCCACGCUGACACCAAACCAAAAGGCAUGAUAACUGUUCUUUCUAUUGAUUCAGAUGCUUUCUUGUGUGUUCAAUGAUGUAUUACAUUUGAUAAGACAGUAAACAUUGAUGGAGAAAAGGAUACAAGUUUCUAAGCUGUAGAGAAAUUAAUGAGAAGAAAACAAAACAACUCGAAAACUACUGAAUAAUUAUGCAUUAAAACAGAAAACCAGCUGAAGGAGAAAGAAGAAUGAAAAAAUAGAUAUAGAAGUAUAUUGGAAAGAGGAGAUGGAUAGAGUUGUAUGAGAAUCCUGUUGGAGUAUGUACAAAGCAAGUGAGAAGUUUAGCUUAUGACAAGUACUUGACAUUUUAACAGCUUGUUUGGAUGGUUGUUAUUACCUAUUGUAUUCUGUUUUUCUGUUUAGUUUUAAUAUAACGUUUGUUUUAACUGUUACUCUGAA